UUUUGGCCAGGCGUUUCAUACCGGAAGAAUCGACUGGACAGCAGCUCACCUUCUGCAUGCAACCUGAUUUGUGCUUUAUUACUUUGUGUCGUUAUAAAAUAGUUUUUGCCGUUGACGGUAAUUUCAGUUACGCUUUGAGCAGUUGGUGAUAUUUUCAAAGCCGAUCAUGGCAGUUAAGGAAUGACUAUAAGUUAGCAGGCAGUAUCAAAGGUCCAUUGUUGCAUUGCUGAACAGCAGUGUUUGCAAAUGCUCGUCGAAGACAACUAGGGCACCAUGUCAGAGUUUACCCUCGAUAUCCAGCUGACAGAGUUGGGUUUUUCAAACUGGAAUUUUCCCCUCUGUGAGCCACCAAGUGUUAAGGAGACAUUUUUGCCAGCUCAGAGCACCACAGAAAAACCAACAACUGCAGACUGUCAUGAAGAUCCCUGCUUCGUUCCAAAUGCCUUGACAGAAAAAAGCUUUCUACAGGACCAUCAAUAUUUCUGUCCCUUCAAACCAAACUCUCCCAUCAGCGUAGAAACAGCUCAGAGUGAUUCAAAUAUCGUUAGCACCGAAAAGAAGAACAAAGCUAUUUGCAACUCAUGGAAUAAAGCAAGAAAAAGAGAGCGUGCAGGUCGAAGAAACAGUGAUGACUCUCAAGAUGGAGAAGAGGAAAUGGAAAAAGAUGAAGAGGAGCAGACAUGUGCAGAGGGGACGCUAGAAACCUCCAGUCCUACCAUGGAGGAAGUUGUGUCUGGUGAGGAAGGGACAGAUGAAAAUGAAGUGGAAUAUGUUUUGACUGAUGAUGAUGGGGAUUAUGUUGAUGAAGAUGAAGAGGUGGAAGAUGAUAUUGAGGAGGAGGAGGAGGAGAAGGAGGAACAAGAUGAGGAUGUUUCCUGGUCAGAGUCGAACGAAAAUGGAGAAAACAAAGACAAUCUCUGCCAUGUGUGUGAUCUCACCUUCUCCUCUCUCUUCUUGCUCCGAGAACAUUUGAACAUGCAUACGGGUGUUCGGCCCUACCGCUGCGACGAAUGCAGCAAGCAGUUCUGCCAGUUAGUCAAUUACCGCACACACCUUCGCUCCCACUCGCAAAAGGCCUCCAUCCACUGCCGCGUUUGCUCAAAUACCUUCGAGACCGAGGAGCAGCUUCAACACCACUUGGACACUAACCACUUUGAGAAAGAGUUCUACCAGUGUGAUUUUUGCAAGCAGAUUUUCACUGACCUUGAAUUGUGCAAGGAUCAUGUAGAGGCGCAUAGGCAACAGGCCAAGCGGCAUUUGUGUCUCAAAUGUGGCUCCAGUUUUCGCCAUCGCAACUCUCUCCUACUUCACCUUGAGUGGCACAGCAGAGGCUUUUUCUCCUGCCCGGACUGUGAGCGAACGUUCUCCAGCAAGACUUCUUUAUUACGCCACAGUUUCUCUCAUUUGGGCGUCUUGCCGUACACGUGCCUGAAGUGCAAACGUCAUUUCCGUUUGCCCUCGCUCUACCACAGCCAUGAGUGUAAGCCCGAGAGCAUCCAGUGUAUGGCGUGUUUGGUUUUCUUUCAGAGUCAGGAGGAUUUUGACAAGCAUAAGAAGGAAACUGGAUGCUGGGGUCAUCAAGGGUCUUUGCAGACCAAGACUGAUGAAAUCCGUUGCAUGGAGUGUGGAAAAGUGUUUGCGAGCGUCGAGGAGCUGAAGAAGCACGGGAGCACACACCAGCGGGUCCUGAAAUGUGCCGAAUGCGGGAUGGGUUUCCGUUCUGCGCUCAUGCUUAUGUCACAUAUGGGAGGUCAUGCGGCACAGCGGCCGUGCCUCUGCCAGGACUGUGGCCUGGGCUUUCCCCAUCAGCAGGGUUUUGACAGCCACCUGAAAACUUGUGGAUUGGAGGCACCACCGGUGGUUACUGUGAAGAAGCCAAAACUGAAAGCAAGCCCCACAACAAAACCAGUUGCUCAAAGCAUAAUCUUUCAAACUAUCGCUCAGCCCUCAAAUCCUGCAAUGUUCUCUAGUGGCUUGAAGAAUGUGCAGAUACUUCCAGUAGGUGAUCAGAACAGGACUGCUGAUGGCAAAUGGAGUCUGACCUUAAAUGAAAAGCCUUCUCCAGGAACGCCUUUAGUGAUGCUUCUGCCGGUCCCCACCUCAGAUUCUACCAAGAGCUCACAAACAUUCCUACCUUCAUCAUUAAUCUUAGAAACCCCUUCAACCACUUCAAAUAUCAUUCCCCUUCCGAUGGCCCCAUUCAGCAGCGUCAUUACUAAAGAAGAGCCCAACAUUCCUUCAAACACACUCAUUCCUGUGGAAAGCCUCGACAGUACCUCAAAGAAGAGAUGGACCAUUGUUGAAGGUCAAGGUUCUGUUCAUGGUUUUGAUAUGGAAAACUCAAAGGCAGGUGAACAGACUACAGUUGUGAUUCAGGAUGAAAGAAUGAUUGUUGCUACACAAGUAAUGGAGAAUGAGCAAAAAAUUCAAUCAAACAUGAAAUCUAAUGUAUCAAGGGAUGAAAAAACAAAUCCAGGAGGUUUGUCAGAUGCUGCUGAACCUGCAAACGCAGUGACCCCAUUGUGUCAAGGGCAAACACUGGAUUCUUUACAAACAGACUCUCUCGUUUCUGCUUCGUCAGAAAUGACUCCUCACAAAAGUAAAGACGAGCAGUGUUUAGAAGAAGACAAGUCAUCUAACAGGACAUGCACAGAGACAGAAUUUACCUUGAUGGAGGACAAGGCAGAAGAUGGUCCACAGGGUCAAAACGAGUCUGGCUUUGACGUGGAGGUGGAGAUUCGGGAAGAUGUGGAUUCCAGUAAUACGGAAGUGGAGAUCGGCGAUGAAGACAGCGGAGUGGACAUGUUGGACGGUGAGCUUCAUGAAUGUGUGACUUGUGGACAAGUUCUUCCAGAGAAGGACAUGGUCCAGCACUACAUGAAGCAUGCUGCGGUCAAUGACGGUCCUGAGCCCUCGCCUGUUAACAGUAGCACACACACUACACAACGCAGCCCUCCACACAGCCCGCUUAGAAAAAGACUGCGGUCUGGCACAGUGCUGUGACGUUAGUUCACAAAUGUUUAGAUGAUUUUUUUUAUUAUUAUAUUAAAUUGAUUUGACUUGAUAAAUAUUACACCAUCUUUACAUGAUUUAUUUUCUUUGGGAAACGGGUGUCACAAUUAUUUUUCCCGGAUGGUGAAAAGUUUGGUGAAUGUUAAAACCAAGUCUCUUUUGAAUGUAUUCUGGUUUGCUUUCACAGUAUUUCAUUGCAUUUCCACUAUGAUGUGCAGGAUACAAUAAAUCUAGAUUAGGAAGUGGGUAAA